AUGUCGCUCGACAGGGUCAAACAUAUUGUUCUUGUCCUCUCUGGCAAAGGGGGAGUAGGCAAAUCCUCCGUCACGACUCAACUGGCACUGUCCCUCUCCCUCGCCGGCCAUUCCGUUGGCAUUCUCGAUAUAGACUUGACCGGCCCCUCAAUCCCGCGCCUCUUCGGCAUCGAAUCCGCGAAAGUCACACAAGCUCCAGGCGGAUGGGUACCUGUUCCUGUACAUGCGGCGGACCCCACCAAAAGCAUCGGCUCCCUCUCAUGCAUGAGUUUAGGUUUUCUAUUACGAGAAAGAGGUGAUGCCGUAGUAUGGCGUGGCCCCAAGAAGACUGCCAUGGUACGGCAGUUUCUGUCGGACGUGCUAUGGGGAGAAAUUGAGUAUCUACUCAUCGAUACACCUCCGGGAACAUCGGAUGAACAUAUUUCUUUAGCCGAAACAUUAAUGAAGAAUGCUUUCCCUGGGCAGGUUGCGGGGGCUGUUGUUGUUACCACUCCACAAGCAGUGGCCACUGCAGAUGUGAAGAAGGAAUUGAACUUCUGUGUCAAGACGGCUAUAAAUGUUAUUGGAGUCGUGGAGAACAUGAGCGGCUUUGUAUGCCCAAAUUGCUCAGAAUGUACCAAUGUCUUUAGUAGUGGGGGUGGAAGGGUCAUGGCACAGGAAUUCGGUGUCAAGUUUCUUGCGAGUGUUCCUAUCGAUCCGCAAUUCGUGAUGCUGGUGGAAUCAGGAAAGCGCCCGGUAUAUCCGGAGGGCACCGAGAUCAAUGGCCACGAUCUCGGAAGUACUGGGAAUGCCGUCCAGCAGAAUGAUGACACUAGCCCGUUGGUGGAGAAGUACAAGAGCUGCUCUCUAUAUCCAAUCUUUAGGGAUAUUGCCAAAGACGUCACAAAUGUGGUGGAAGGUUCCGUGUAG